CUCACUGGGGCCGUGGCCUGCUUUCCUCCAGUCCAGCAGAUGGCAGUAACGCAGAACAGACCGUUCACAUAACACACACUUCUAGUUCCGUAGCUUGCAGCAUCAAACUAAGCAAAGAAAACAGCUACAUACGUUCACAAUGGCUGAGGUGGAAGAGACGAUCAAAAGGAUUCAGAGUCAGAAAGGAGUGCAAGGAAUCAUCAUUGUUAAUGCAGAAGGCAUCCCCAUCAAAAGCACUCUUGACAACUCCAGCACAGUUCAGUAUGCCGGUAAUGUCCACCAGCUGCUCAUGAAAGCUCGGGGAAUGGUGAGGGACAUUGACCCUCAGAAUGAUCUCACCUUUCUCAGAGUUCGAUCAAAGAAGAACGAGAUCAUGAUUGCUCCAGAUAAAGACUAUUUCCUGAUCGUCAUUCAAAAUCCUACCGAGUAGUUCUGUAUUCUUCAUAGUGGUGUGGCUGUAGUAUUUUUCCUUUUUUAAUUAAUUGCCAAAAGUGUUUCAUUUCAUGUUCUAAUUCAGUUUAUACUGCUCUUGCUUAUCAUUCCAGUAUUUUGCUCUUUGUGUUGUAAUUUAUUGCUCUCUCAUAUUCUCUCUUUUGCAAAUUCUCCAGCUGUUCAUCAUCUAUAAGUAUCAACAUGACACUAUGACACUGUACUUGUUUAUUCUAAAAAAAAGGACAAUAAAACAAUAAUGCAUUUCCUUUCA